AUGUCUCUUUCCAAUAAAUUGUCAGUCAGGGAAACAGUAUUGAAAGGGAAAAGAGUUUUUAUCCGAGUUGAUUUUAAUGUUCCUUUGAAUUUAAAUAAAGAAAUUACAAAUAAUCAGAGGAUUACAUCUACUCUUCCAACAAUUGAAUAUGUUAUAAAAGAAGGAGCAAAGGCAGUAAUUCUUGCGUCUCAUUUAGGUCGUCCUAAUGGUAAAAGAAAUGAGAAAUAUUCAUUAAAACCGGUUUCUGAAGAACUCGAAAGACUUCUACAAAGAAAUGUUCUUUUUUUAGAUGACUGCGUUGGCGAAAAUGUUGAAAAAAUAUGUAAAGAAGCUACAAAUGGUCAAAUUAUUUUGCUCGAAAACCUUAGAUUCCAUGUUGAAGAAGAAGGAAGUUCAAAAGAUGCAGAAGGAAAUAAAAUUAAAGCAGAUCCAAAGGAUAUUGAGAAAUUUCGUAAAUCUUUAACAUCUUUGGGAGAGAUAUAUAUCAAUGAUGCAUUUGGUACAGCUCAUCGUGCACAUAGCUCUAUAGUCGGUGUUGAUUUACCACAAAGAGCUGCAGGAUUUCUUAUGAAAAAAGAACUUGACUUUUUUGCUAAAGCUCUUGAAAAUCCGCAAAGACCUUUUUUAGCUAUUCUUGGUGGUGCCAAAGUUUCAGACAAAAUACAGCUUAUUGAUAAUCUUCUUGAUAAAGUCGAUAUCCUAAUUAUAUGUGGCGGAAUGGCAUAUACAUUUAAAAAAAUUUUGGAGGAUAUGGAGAUAGGGACAUCUUUAUUUGAUAAAGUAGGCGCAGAAAAUGUUAAAUUUCUGGUAGAAAAAGCAAAAAAUAACAAUGUAAAAAUUGUUUUUCCUGUAGAUUUUAUCACAGCAGAUAAAUUUGAUAAAGAUGCAAAGACUGGAUAUACUACUGAUAAAGAAGGAAUUGCUGCAGAUUUGAUGGGUUUAGAUUGUGGCCAUAAAUCAAUUGAAUUAUUUGAAGAGGUAAUAAAACAAGCCAAAACUAUUUUAUGGAAUGGUCCUGCUGGUGUGUUUGAAUUUGAUUCUUUUGCUUAUGGCACUAAAAAAAUACUUGAUGCCGUUGUUUCCUCUUCAAAAUCUGGAAACAUGGUUAUUAUAGGUGGUGGCGACACUGCGACUGUUGCUACAAAAUACGGACAAGUUCAUAACAUAUCUCAUGUUAGUACAGGCGGUGGUGCAAGUUUGGAGCUUUUAGAAGGAAAAUCUCUUCCUGGCGUUUCAAUACUAACUGAUAAACAGUAA